AUGCUGCCAUUCCUCAGCUUGUACCCCGUAUUGGCGUACACGUACUAUGUGCGAUACGACGACUGGGUCAAGUCGGAAGAGUGGACGUUUGUGUACACGGUGGCCUUGGUCGCCUCGCAUGCGCUCAGUUAUCUCGUGACGCACUGGGACGUGCGCGCAGAGGCAUGGAUUACCGCGGCGCGUGUCUCUGAUGUGGACGCUGCAGAUUGUGUGCGUAUUCUCCCGCUAGCGCACAAGGGCGAGGGCGCGAUGCUCGCGCUCCAGCGGGUACGCCGGCAAGGUGAGCAGGACGAGUACUCGUUCGUGUACCAAGCUGACAAGUAUGUGCUGGCCUUCCCCGACUCGAAAGCGCCUUCGACGUCGGUCACAACGUCGCCAGACAUUCGUGAACGUACGUUCCGCCGCGUGCUGUACCCGGCCGAUGCGCAUAUGCCGCUGCAGGAUGUGCAGCAAAGCACAGGUUUGCGCGGUGACGCGCUGGAGCGUGCGCAGCGCAUUUACGGUGGCAAUGUGCUUGACAUUCCUGUGCCGCGUUUCAUGGAUCUGUUUAUUGAGCAUGCCGUUGCGCCAUUCUUUGUGUUCCAAAUCUUCUGUGUGGGUCUCUGGCUCCUGGAUGAGUACUGGUUCUCGUCGCUGAUCUCGCUCUUUGGCUUGGUCGCAUUUGAGUGCACGGUUGUAUUCCAGCGCCUGCGUACGCUCAACGAGUUCCGUACGAUGUCGAUCCAGCCUUUCUUGAUUCAUGUGUUCCGUGACAAGAAGUGGACGGAAGUCAUGACCUCGGAGCUGCUGCCUGGCGACUUGGUGAGUGUGACACGGACCAAGCCCGAUUCGGCGCUGCCGUGCGACUUGGUCUUGGUGUCAGGCUCGGCCAUUGUGAACGAAGCGAUGCUCAGUGGUGAAAGCACGCCAUUGCUGAAAGAAGGACUGACGCAGCGGAAUGGCACGGACACACUGGACGACCAGGGCAGCGAUAAGCUGCAUUGCCUGUUUGGCGGUACCAAGGCGCUGCAGGUGACGCCUGGCGAGAAGAUGGCGGGUGUGCCUGCGGCGCCGGAUGGCGGCGCGAUGGCCAUCGUGCUUCGUACGGGCUUUGGCACGACGCAGGGCCGUCUGAUUCGUUUGAUGGUGUACACAAACGAGAACCAGGUGACGGCGAACAAUCUGGAGAGCUUUGUGUUUAUUGCCUUCCUGUUGGUCUUUGCGAUUGCCGCCAGUGCGUACGUCUGGGUGAAUGGUCUGAAGAUGGAGCGUCCGAAGGGCAAGUUGUUGCUGGACUGCAUUCUGAUCAUUACGUCGGUCGUCCCGCCGGAGCUGCCGAUGGAGCUUUCGAUGGCAGUCAAUGCUUCGUUGGUGGCUCUCUCCAAGUUUGCGAUUUUCUGUACGGAGCCGUUCCGCAUUCCUUACGCGGGCCGCGUGGAUGUGUGCUGCUUCGACAAGACAGGCACGAUCACCGGCGAGGAUUUGGAAGUGCAAGGUGUGGUCGGUACAGCGACAGACGGUACGAAGCCGCUCUCAGACGAGCUCUUGCCUAUGACGAAGGCCAUGCCGGCGACGACGUUGGUCGUGGCGGCUGCGCAUGCAUUGGUGCUGGUCGACGAUGAAGUGGUCGGUGAUCCGAUGGAGCGACGUGCGCUGGAUGCUCUGGGCUGGGUCGUGAAGCAAGGAGAUCAUGUGGUCCCUGGCGAGAAGGCUAUGGGCCCUGCGGUGACGAUUCGGACACGCUUCCACUUUUCUUCCGCGCUGAAGCGUAUGUCGACGGUGAGUCAAGUCGCUGGGUACAAGCAGCUGCUGGCCGCGUCGAAGGGUGCGCCGGAAGUGCUGAAGCCCAUGUUCAAAGAGCUGCCGUCGAACUACGAUGAGGUGUACCGACACUACACGCGCCGUGGCAGCCGUGUGAUUGCGCUGGGCUACCGCUGGCUGGAGGGCGAUGGCCGCUCGCUGAAGCGCGAGCAGGUGGAGUCGGAGUUGCAGUUUGCUGGUUUCCUGGUUCUGCACUGCCCGCUGAAGCCGGAUGCCGUGGAAUCGCUGCGUCAGCUGAACGACUCGUCGCAUCGCUGUGUGAUGAUCACAGGUGACAAUGCGCUCACGGCGAUUCACGUGGCGGAGGAAGUGGAAAUUGUGGUGCGGGAGCCACUCGUGCUGGACAAGCGCGAGGGCGGUGCGGAUCACGAUUUGGUGUGGCGCGGUACGGAUGACCAGGUGGUCCGGGAGCAGGAUACCGAGCAGGAUCUGCAUCGUCACCUGUUUGACGAGUACGAUGUCUGUGUGACGGGUGUGGCGCUGCGUCAGUUUGAGGACAAGCCGGCGGCGCUGCGUGAGUUGGUCGCGAAUACGGUGGUAUACGCGCGUGUGUCGCCGACGCAGAAGGAGCUGAUUCUCAGUGUGCUUCGUUCGUUGGGCUACGUCACGCUGAUGGCGGGCGACGGGACCAACGACGUGGGUGCGCUCAAGAUGGCGAACAUUGGUGUGGCACUGCUGGAUGGCUCGGAAGACGAUCUGAAGAAGAUUGCCGAGCACCAGAGGCUGGAGCGCAUGAAAAAGAGCUACGAGGCGCAGCUGGCGCUCAUGGCGCGGUGGAACCAGCCGCCGCCACCGGUGCCGCCGGCGCUCAAAGAGGCGUUCCCGCAGCUGGAAGAGGCGCGUGAGAAGGCCGCCCGCAAGAUGCAGGUGCAGCGCGCCGCGAACCCAGUGGCCAAGUUUGACCUGUCGUCGAUUACCUCCUCGAUGGAUGCGCUGGACGAGGACGAUGGCCCGCCGCAGAUCCGGCUGGGCGAUGCGUCGGUCGCUGCGCCGUUCACCAGCAAGCUGGCCAAUGUCAAGGCGGUGUGCUCGAUCAUCCGGCAGGGACGCUGCACGCUGGUCGCUACGGUGCAGAUGUACAAGAUUCUGGCGCUCAACUGCUUGAUCCAGGCGUACUCGCUGAGUGUGCUGUACCUUGACGGUAUCAAGAUGGGCGACUACCAGCUGGCAGUCAGCAGCAUGCUGAUCUCGGUGUGCUUCUACUGCAUCAGCCGCGGGAAGCCGCUGGACAAGCUGGCGCCCGAACGCCCGGUAAACACGAUUCUCAGUCUGUACGUGUUUGGCUCGAUUCUAUCGCAGACCGCGCUGCAUGUCGUCACGAUGAUGUACGUCCAGCAAACCUCGGUGCGAUUUGAGGACCCUGGCGAAGUGAACUUGGAGGCAAAGUACACGCCGACGUUGUUGAACUCGGGUGUGUACCUACUUGGUCUCUCGCAGACGGUGUCUACGUUCGCCGUGAACUACAUUGGGCGGCCGUGGCGUGAGAGCAUCCCGGAGAACAAGGCGCUGUACUAUGGUCUGCUGGGCGCGAGUGCCGUGGCGUACCUGGGCGCGCUGGAGCUCGUGCCGGAGCUCAAUGAAUGGCUACAGCUGACCAAGAUGACGAGCGACUACCAGUCGAUCUUGGUCGUGACGAUGGUCAUUGACUUUGUUGGCUCGUACAUCCUCGAGGUGUUCUGGAAGAUGUUUGCCGACGUGCGCCCAAAGCCGCUCAUUCUGCAGGGCCAGGCCUUGCGUGUUCGCGCUCGGGCCGCGAAGAAAGCCAACUAG